AUGGCACGUACACGGAGGGGGGUCAAGUUCCCUCACAAAACCAACGGUCACGGCGAAGGGCGCCGCUCAAGCUUCAGCGACGUCAGCGAAGAUGGUUCGCCCUCCAAGCUCAAGACUGGCGCUGCCCUGGAUAACAUCGCGGAAGUAAGCGAACCCCUUUGCUAUGCCACGUCACGAUAUCAAAUCGAGCAGGAACCGCCCCCUAUCAAGCUCACUGCUAACAUGCCCUGUCUUCAACAGCAGCCGCCCAAGUCCCCCGAGGAAGAGAAGCGCGAGGCCUACGAGAAGAAGAAGGCAAACUUUCUGACCCGUACCUUCUGGACCUUCGUCAUGUUCGCAGGCUUCUUCGCUGCUCUUGUCAUGGGCCACAUCUACAUCAUAUGCAUCAUGACGGCCAUCCAGAUCAUCUCCUUCAAAGAGGUAAUUGCCAUCGCCAGCGUACCGAGUCGCGCCCGCCAACUGCGCUCCGCCAAGAGCCUCAACUGGUAUUGGCUGGCCACCACCAUGUACUUCCUAUACGGCGAGAGCGUCAUCUACUACUUUAAGCACAUUGUUCUGGUCGACAAGGUGUUGCUGCCUCUGGCAACCCACCACCGCUUCAUCAGCUUCAUCCUGUACAUCUUUGGCUUCGUCUUCUUUGUCACCUCGCUUCAGGCUGGCCACUACAAGUUCCAGUUCACGCAGUUCGCCUGGACGCACAUGGCCCUGUACCUCAUCGUCGUGCAAGCCCACUUCAUCAUGAACAACGUCUUCGAGGGCAUGAUCUGGUUCUUCCUUCCGGCCGCCAUGGUUAUUACGAACGAUAUCUGGGCUUACCUUUGUGGAAUCACGUUUGGUCGCACCCAGUUGAUCGCCCUGUCUCCCAAGAAGACCGUCGAGGGUUUUGUCGGCGCCUGGGUUUUCACAAUCAUUUUCGGCAUGCUCUUGACCAACGUCUUGAUGCGCUCUGACUUCUUCCUUUGCCCCGUUAACGAUCUGGGCGCAAACAUUUUCACCGGCCUCGAAUGCACGCGCAACCCUGUCUUCAACCCCAAGACGUACAGCUUGCCGCCUCUCUUCUUCCUCCCUCCCAAUAUGCACAAGACCUUCUCCUUCACCGUGGCUCCGAUGCAACUCCACACUCUGGUUCUCGCAACCUUUGCUUCUUUGAUUGCUCCCUUCGGCGGCUUCUUCGCCUCAGGCCUCAAGCGCACCUUCAAGAUCAAGGACUUUGGCGACUCUAUUCCCGGUCACGGUGGCAUGACGGACCGAAUGGACUGCCAGUUCAUCAUGGGCUUCUUCACCUACAUGUACUACCACUCCUUCAUCGCCCUCCACAAGGUCAACCUUGGCGACGUUAUGGAGAUGGCCGUCACUGGUUUGACCGUGGAAGAGCAGCUCGAGCUAGUGAGGGGCAUGGGCCGUUAUCUCAGCAACCAAGGUGUUUGGGGAGACGAGAUUAUCCAGUGUUUGGACAAGGCUCUGCAGGCCAAGAGGUGA